UGUCACGUGAUCAUGUGUCGCGUACGAGCCGAAACAGGAAGUGCUUGGCAGCUCACAGCAAGCGAAACCAUUGCAAUGAACAUACUGCUAACUUAGUAACGUUAAAUAGAAAGUCUCACAUAAAGUUAGAAGUCAACUAAUGUGGAUUCCGCCGGACUCUGUAAAAAACGAAUGUUACCGAAAUGGAAAGAGCAGUCAGACUCAUCAUUUUGUCGGUCGUUUUCUACGUAUCGCAGAUAAACUGCCAGGAGGCAAUCUUGCACAUUUCCAAUGAAAGAACAAAUAGGGAGUACUGUAUUGUCUACAAUCAAUCCUGGACUCCACUGUCACAAACCUUUGAUAAGGCUACGCAGUAUCCACUGGUGAAUAUGACAUCCACUGUGCUGUGUAACACCUCGGGGGUCAUUCCAGCUGUGGUGAAGGGCAAAGCAUUGGUGGUGAUGAGGGGCGACUGUGAUUUCAGCCAGAAAGCUCAGGUUGCUCAGAGCCUCGGAGCUACUACUUUGCUCAUUGCCAGCAAGACACUUUUGAUCACUCCAUCAGCCAAUGACUCGGAGUAUGCAAAGGUCAAUAUUCCUCUGGCUCUCAUGAGGUACAGGGAUUUCAUUGAAGCGCAGCAGGUGUUUAGUGAAGGGAUGCAGGUGAAGCUAUAUGCUCCAACUUACCCAAAGAUCGAUGUAAGCCUUGUAGUCAUGCUACUGAUUGCCAUGGUCACGGUCACCCUGGGCGGCUUCUGGAGCGGGGCGUGUGAGAGAGACCGAAUGAAUGGCGAUGGAGAUGGGGGAGAGAGCAAAGCAGACCCCAAAGAGCUUUUCCUGUACUCUCCUCUUAAAGUUGUCAUCUUUGUCGCGCUGAUGUGUGGGAUGCUUGUCCUCAUGUACUACUUCUACAAUGUCAUGGUUUACUUCAUCAUUGUCAUAUUCUGCCUGGCGUCUGCCUCUGCACUGUUCAGCUGUAUUGAUGCAGUGAUGGAAAUACUUAGUUGCCCCUCUGGGAGCUUCUCCAUUAAAAGUUGCAACUUCAGUGUGAGGUCGCUCAUACUGGCCGCCGUAUGUAUUUGCAUUGCUGUGGUCUGGGGAGUGUACAGGAAUGAAGAGAGAUGGAUCUGGAUCUUGCAGGACUUACUUGGCGUUGCUUUCUGCCUAAACUUCAUGAAGACCGUUUCGCUUUCCAACUUCAAGAUCUGUGUGAUUCUGCUGAGCCUCCUGCUGUUGUAUGAUGUCUUCUUCGUUUUCAUUACUCCUUUCUUCACCAAGAACGGAGUGAGCAUUAUGGUGCAGGUCGCCCUGGGCCCGGAGGCAUCAGGAGAGAAGACGCAAGGUAACAUGGUGGAGGUCCCGGCUGAACCCCAAGCUCCCUCAGAGAAACUGCCAGUGGUCAUGCGUGUGCCUCGGUUCUCAGCUUGGGCUCAGAACCUGUGUGGAAUGCAGUUCUCCAUUCUGGGUUAUGGAGAUAUCAUUAUUCCAGGUCUCCUGGUGGCCUACUGCAGCAGAUUUGAUGUUUGGGUCAACAGCAGCAAGAAGGUCUACUUUAUCUCCUGCUGCAUAGCCUAUCUGCUGGGAAUGAUUGUGACAUUCGCCGUGAUGCUGCUGUCCGGGAUGGGCCAGCCCGCACUGCUCUACCUGGUGCCCUUCACCCUGAUCGCCUCCGCUGUGGUGGCCGGGUGCAGGGGAGAGAUGAGGCAGUUCUGGGCGGGAACCACCUAUAUGGUGAGAAGACCGGUUUUGGACUCGUCAAGGGAACCUUUGCUGCCAGAGGGAAGAACUCAUGGCUCCAUAGGAGAAACAUGCUGAUUUUCAGUGCUGAGAAUGGACCCUACUGCUGGAGGGUUUUUUUAAAUUUUAAUAUUACAUUCGCAAGGGAAUACAUGUUAUUGAUCAACAUAUUCUUGGAGCAGUAAGGGUUCACUUGUCUGCUGCAAAGGGCAAGUUAAUACAUAUUCUGUAAGCUUCUUUAGUGCCUGAAAGGUUGUUAGGGUCACAUUCAGAAAACUGUAAUGACUUUGCCUUGUUGAUGAUUGAACACAGUGUAAUGAGGAAGCACUUUAUAAUAUUUAGCUUGACAGUUGUUUCAUCUGGGGUGGGGUGGAUUUUAAUUGUGUAGCCACAAUAUGAAUUUUUGAUAACUGCUUUGUGGAUUCAUUGUAACCUAUUUGUAUGAUGUGAUUUCUUUCAUUGCCUUAUAUUAAAGUGAACAUAUAGUGUU